AUGGUAUUGCCUCACGCAUGGGAGAUUGGCAAGAUGAGCAGUCCGAACCGACCGGCCUCCCAGCUCAUUGCGGGAUUUGGCUCACCUACCCCGUUCAAUGCACGCAUGAGUAUGCGACAGUCGAUUCGCUUUCAAGAGUCUCAAGCUCAACUGAAUCAUUCCGUUCAUGAUGCCGAGAAGGACGAGCUACGUGUGCAACUCAGCACAUUCAAAUAUGAAAUGGAAAACCUCAAACAAGAACAACAACUACAGGGGCUCCAACAUGAGAAAGAGAUAAGAGAGCUGCAGAUGAAAGCAGAUGCGGACUUUCGAAAGGCUCAGGCAGCGGAAACCUCGAGCAACCGCGCAACUCACAAGUGUGAUGCACUUGCAAAGGAACUCAAAGAAACACAAGACCAGUCCUUGGAUGCGAAGGCCGGAUUCGACCGAAAGAUCAGAAGCCUCCAAGAUGAGAACCAGAGAUUGCAGGAGCAAUUUGGGGACGCUCAAUCACAGCUUUCCGACCAAGAACGGCAGUCCAAAUACCAGAUCAACGAGCUAGAGACUGUGCGCACCUCUUUACAAAAAACCAUCGAAGAGUUUCACAAUGACCUUGAAAUCGCCCGGAGCGCACAGCAAUCGACACAAGACAAGCUCACCCAGCGCGAAGCUGAAGUCGCCGAUCUCGAAGCCGCCAACAUCCAACUCAAGGCUGUAGGAACCGAUGCCGAAGCCCUUAGUGUGCUGAAGAGAGAACUCUCUGAACAGAUUAGCCAUAUUCGGGAGCUGGAGUUGACAACUCGAGACCAAAAUGCGGAAUUACGGAAACUACGAGAGGUGUCCAAGACUGUCGGAGUACUUGAGGAACAAAAGAGGGCCCUGGAGAUCAAACUUCAGUUGAUGGACGGAGUUGAAGCGGAACUCAACACAACCCAAAUCCAGAAACAGACUCUUGAAGACGAGCGACAAACUUGGGUGAGCUUGCUGCAGGAGGAUGAUCAGUAUGCAGAGUUGGACUCGCCGGAAGCCAUCGUCAGAGCAUUGGCCCGCGGGAAAAUUGAGAACGCAAGCCUCAUCGAGCGCAUUGAAUCUGUGGAAGCUAAAUUAGAAAAGAAAGACGAGACGAUCAUGUUGCUCGAAAAAGAGAAAUCAGAUCUACACCAGGAAUUGGAGAAGGCCCGCAUUGCAGCCGCAACUGCUAUCGCAGGCCCAGGCGCUGCAGAAGCUCGCGUGCGAUCUCGCCUCGAGCGUCAGCGUGCACUUGCCACCAAAGAAAUUGAAUACCUGCGCGCGCAACUGAAGACAUUCGAUACGGAAGAUGACACCAUACAGGAGGACGGGACCCAGUCCGAUCAAAAGAAGUCGGAGCAUAUCGUUCAACUUGAAAAGUUGCUCGACGAGUAUCGUGUUGAAAUCCAGCAGAUUCACCAAGAGCUCUCUAACCGCGAGGUGCCAAAGGAAGAUGACUCUCAAGCCCGCGGUGUCAAGCGACCCUUAUCUCCAGCCGAUCCCGAGGCCGAAAGCGAGCGUGUCGCCGUUCUCACUCGUAAGAACCGCAAACUUCAGGAACACAUGGUCAAAUCGGAACAGGCUACCACUCUGGCUCGUCGCGAGCUCGAGGCUGCCAAGUCGCAGAUCAAGCAUCUGAAGUCCAAGUCUCGUACACGCGUGCUUGAAUUGCGCGAUAAUCCGACAUCACAGAUCGAACAGAUCAAGAUGACCACCCUUAAAACUCUCCAGACAGAGAACCGAGACCUUCUAGCACAGCUGCGCGGUGACCGUACAGGAGCCAAGGCCGUCCCAGUCAGCGCUGUCGAGAGUAUCAAGCUCGAAAUGCAAGAUAUGGAGCGUACCGUUGCAGACAAGGAGAAGCGCAUGCGCCGUCUGAAGGAAAUAUGGACUGCCAAGUCAUCCGAGUUCCGCGAAGCUGUUGCGUCUCUCCUUGGCUUCAAGCUCGACUUCCUUCCCAAUGGCCGAGUGCGUGUCACUUCCAUGUUCCAUCUCUCCUCUGCAUACCGUCACGGCGACAGCGAUGCUGCUUCGGAAUCUGGUCCUGGUAGUAUGGGCAAUGGAGAAGAGAACUCUAUUGUCUUUGAUGGCGAGAAUGGUACGAUGAAGAUCUCCGGAGGGCCUAAUAGUCUCUUCGCCAUGGAAAUCAAGCCGCUCAUCAAGUUUUGGGUUGAGGAACGGAAAGACAUUCCUUGUUUCCUGGCGGCGAUGACCUUGGACUUCUAUGAUAAGACUACUCGCGCUGCUAGAAUGUGA